AUGGGCGGAGGCCACGACCCAGCGCAGCAGGGCGCCGGCGGCCACGGCACUGGUCAGGGGAGACCCAGGCCGCAACGGCCGAAGACGGGGCGUCGACGGAGGGGGGUGGCCGCGGGCUCGGCUUUGCGAAGCUGGGGGAAAGCAGGCAACGAGCGGACAGCGGCGAACGGGGCCCGGCGGGCGAGCGCCGCGGCGGUGGGCACGAGGAGCGGGACGGCGCGGACGGACCAGCGGCGCAUGACGGCGGGGGUUGGUGGCGUGGCCGGGCGGCAGUGGGCACGCGGGAGGGAGAGUAGGCGGGCGCGUGCAGAGAAGGGCACGGUCCCCACGGGCGCUGGGCGCUAG